AUGUCCCAGAGCUCCCCCAAAUCGCAUGCCACGCCUAAACCUCCCGAUCAGAGUACAAAUACGCAUCCACCCCCUUUUGGUGCUCUCCGCUCACCGCCAUCCAAGCCAGGCGACCAAUUCUCAGUGGAGCUAGCUCAAAUGUGCUACGCUAAUGGCUCAAUCGAUCAGGCAGUCAAUGUCUGUCCAAUGUGCAAAGUCUUUCCAAACACUAGAUGUCCACACGUCCGAGAAGUGUGCAGUAACAGGACAAAUCACCCUCGAGCUGAUGUGGUCUGUCUAAAGAAUGCUGAAGUCGACUCAUUCAAUGGAUGUGGGUUCUGCAAGUGGGCACGCACUAACCCCCCUGCGAAAUUGGCCGGUUAUAAUAAUCCUGGUUGGCCUGGUUGCUGCCGUCCCCCAGGACCCAACGAGUUUAAGAUGAUUCAAGCAGCCGACUGGAUGGCAGUUAGCAAGGUCCACCACAUUCCAAUCCCAUCUGAGGUCAAGGCAGCCUUUGACGGCUUUGCAUCUCGGGGUAGCCCGACGCCUCCAUCAAAGACGCCCACAAUUGGACGCGGUGCUAGCGGCCGCUCCGCUAUGCCUUUAUUAGACAGACGCAAUAGUGGGAACACCAGUCCAUCCAACAAGACACCCUCAAAGUCGUCCACUAUGGCUAUACCGUCAAAGGGUCGUUCGGGUGGCAGCCCGCAGCAAGCCGUCUCAGCGCUCUUAAGAACUUCGAGUGGCAACCCAAUCUCCACCUCUGUCCCUUCUCCGUCCAACCUUGACUUCCAACGUCGCCUGAACCUGAAUGAUGCCGGGGAACGUCGCAUCGAGACUUCGCAGUCCGCUCACUCGUCACCGAAUCGCAAACACCUUGAUCUGGACGGUACCCCAAACGUCCACCGGCGAAGUGCUUCGAGCCGUCCCCACAUCAAUGCGGCAUCAUAUUCUCCGACCCCGUCUCACGGUACCGCACCGGGCCUCCUACCUCAGCCUUCAGAUGCUUCGCUCAGACGCCGAGCAUCCGUUUCAAACUCCAACCCUAUAUCAAGCGCAGUCCCUGGCUCACGCACGGACAGGUCACCCCCAACAUCAGCUCCUCGGAAUAGCGCUGCUAAGCGAGAGAACAUCAUUUCAAGCGCUUCGAGUAACAGCGGGAGCGAAGGGAGCGGCUCCAUGUCGGAUAAUACAGUGACAUCGGAUGGGGGAUUCACUGAUUAUCUAUCAGAUGAGUCAGAAGCUGAGUUGCAGCGUCAGGCCGAAGCUAGGGCAGCGGUGCUCGCCCAAAAUGCUGCAGAGGAGUUGGAAUUCAAGGCUGCGCGACAACAGCUUGCUCAUGUCGACCUUCGGCCACCUAAAUCUUGGAAUGCUACGAAGGAGGCCAACAGUGGCUCCAUAAGACUGCACCCAACAUCUCAUUAUGCUGCCCCUCCCUAUGCUGGAAUAUUCUCUGUUCCAAAUACUGCUUCACCUCGGGGUUAG